UAAAGUUCAGCCUUUCGUAAAGACUGCGGGUAGUUUCAUUUUGCCAGCUUUCCCUAUUAAUCAGGCACGAAAAAAAUAAUCGAAAUCAGUAUUUUUCUGCGUGUGUAGACGCUGUCUGUCCAGUAUAUUUAAAACAACCAUCUGGACUAAAGGAACCGAUUCAGGCUAAUCUCCGCGCAUUUUCUCACAGCUAAACCCGAGGUGCGAGACUGAUCGGCCGACUGACUCGGAUCGGCGGAACCUUUCAGGCCGAGCCCUGUCUGGAGUUUUCUCCUUACUGACCAAAGUGACUUCGUUCACAAAAACUAGUCUGAUCGGCGGGGCCAGGAUUUUUUGGGUUAUAUAUGUUUAUACAUAUUUAUUGAUUCUUGGGCUAGCGGCGCGAAUCGGAGGAGCGCGUCUAGGCGGAGCCCAGGGGCACGGCGCCCCUCUCCUGGCUGACAGCAAAUCGUCUGCGUGGUGGGGCGCUACUUUUCUUAAAGUCGGCGUCAAAAGCGAUCAGCUCGCAGCCCGUAGGCUUGUUUCCUGGUCUCAGGAUGACGGAACUGUGUCCAACUGCAGGGUUGUGACGGCGUAGCCGAAUGUGGCUGGAGCAGGGUCGGAGCAGGACGCCGCGGCUCAGCUGACCGGCUGGCUGGGCACCCUGCCCCGAUUAACCUGGCGGCGUUUAUUUCGGUUGUCGCCCUGUUUUUUUUUUCCUUUUGGUGUAGGCUGCAUUGAUCGUUGCUACCCGGAGGGUCAUCCGUACGUACAGUAGUGGAGGGAGAGCUGAUCGAGCUCGGGGACGAAUGUGGAGUAUUUUCAGUAAUGGUGAGACGUCGGGAAAUAAAUCAAAUGAUAUGAUUUUGACUAAGAGGGACGACACUUUAGCUGAGGGGCUGUAGGUGUGUGCGAAGUGAGAGACGGGUUGCUGCCCAGUUCGCUCCGCUUUCGGAUUAAGGAGCGAUACACACGCAUUUCGGUGAAAGGGGACUCGGGCUGGCUGCAUAGCUGACUGCGGCAGCAAAAGAUCGAGUGAAUGUGAGCAGACAAGGCCUCAUGGUCUGCGCAGCGGCGUCGGGCAUGGAGACCGCCCUGUACCCCCCCGUGCAGCACCAGAACGGCCAGCUGCAAAGCAGCGGGCAGUCUCCUGCACUGACUGUCCGUCUGUAUCGCGACAGGGAUCCGCACGACUCCCUCAGUUACCCCCCUGGGGACUAUGUGGCGGAGACGGUCUGCAUCGACGCGGCGAAGCAGUGCGGUGUGACACCUGUGUAUUACAGCCUCUUUGGACUCAUGAGAGAGAGCGACUCCAUGUGGUUCCCACCCAACCACACCUUCCACCUGGAUGAUUCAGCCAAUGAGAAUGUGCUCUUUAGAAUCAGAUUCUACUUUUCCGGCUGGUAUAGCUGUAGUGCUCCCAGAGCUUUCCGCUACGGGGUCACAAAGAACUCUGAGAGUCCACCUGUGGAUGACUGCGUCAUGGAAUACCUCUUUGCGCAGUGGCGAAGCGACUUCGUAAACGGCAAGGUGAAGAUCGGCACCACUCAUGAGACGCAGGAGGAGUGCCUGGGCAUGGCGGUGCUCGAUAUGAUGAGGACAGCGAAGGAGAAUGACCAGACCCCUCUGGAGAUCUAUAAUGCCACUAGCUACAAGUCGUUCCUGCCCCAGGAUGUGCGAGCUUGCAUCCAGGAUUACCACAUCGUGACCCGGAAGCGGAUCCGGUACCGUUUCAGAAAGUUCAUCCAGCAGUUAAGCCAGUGCAAGGCCACAGCCCGUGACCUGAAACUCAAGUACCUCAUUAACCUGGAGUCGCUCCUGCAGUCCACAUUCUACUCGGAGUGCUUCCGGGUGAAGGAGCCCUCUGCAGGACAGGUCACAAUCGUCAUCAGCGGGGACAGUGGGAUACAGUGGUCCCAGGACAGUCAAAUAGCACCUGCGGCAGACCAGGAGUUACAGAUGUACUGCGACUUCCCCGACAUCGUUGACAUAAGCAUCAAGCGGGCCAACAGGGAGGGGGCCGGCGAGAGUCGAAUCGUCACCGUCAACAAGCAGGACGGCAGUAAGCUGGAGCUCGACUUCCCGUCUGCCGCUGAGGCCCUGUCCUUCGUGUCGUUGAUAGAUGGAUAUUACAGACUCACUACUGAUGCCCAUCACUGCCUCUGCAAGGAGGUGGCUCCACCGAGUCUCACUGAAGCUCUUCAGAGCAACUGCCAUGGUCCCAUAACGCUGGAGUUCGCCGUAAACAAGCUGCACAAGUGUGGGAACAAGCGAGGCCUGUAUGUCCUACGCUGCAGCCCCCGGGACUUCAACAAGUACUUCCUGUCCUUUGCUGUGGAACUGGAUGGUGCAGUGGAGUAUAAGCACUGCCAGAUCAACAGGUCAGAGGACGGGAAGUUCAGCCUGAGUGGAGCCAAGAGGACCUUCAGCAGCCUGAUGGAGCUUCUGAGCUGCUACCAGAAGGAAACCGUGCGCUCAGACGGCAUCAUCUUCCAGUUCACCCGCUGCUGCCCUCCCAACUUCAAAGAGAAGUCAAACCUGCUGAUCAGCCGCUGUAAUCGGGGCGUCGCUGCUCCCCAUUCGUCCUCGCUGCACAGGCACAACAUCAGCCAGAUGGUGUUCCACAAGAUCCGCAGAGAGGAUCUGGUCAUUAAUGAAAGUCAGGGCCAAGGAACGUUCACAAAGAUUUUCCGAGGAAUCCGCAAAGAGCUGGGAGACAAUGAUGAGAUGCACAAGACGGAGGUUAUCCUGAAGAUUCUUGACAAGGCGCAUCGCAAUUACUCAGAGUCCUUCUUCGAGGCUGCUAGCAUGAUGAGCCAGCUGUCCCAUAAGCAUCUACUGCUGAACUACGGCGUGUGUGUCUGCGGCGAGGAAAAUAUCAUGGUACAGGAGUAUGUGAAGUUCGGGUCCUUGGACACGUACCUGAAGAAGCACAAGAACUCUGUGAACAUCACAUGGAAGCUGGAAGUGGCCAAGCAGCUGGCAUGGGCCAUGCACUUCCUGGAAGAGAAGAAUUUAGUCCACGGAAACGUCUGUGCCAAGAAUGUCCUGCUCAUCCGGGAGGAGGACCGCAAGAAUGGCAACCCGCCAUUCAUCAAGCUGAGCGACCCAGGAGUCGGCCUUGCCGUGCUGCCCCGGGAGGUUCUGCUAGAGCGCAUUCCGUGGGUACCCCCGGAAUGUAUUGUGGACCCCCAGAACUUGAGUUUGGCUGCAGAUAAGUGGAGUUUUGGCACCACGUUGUGGGAGAUCUGCAGCUGUGGGGAGAAACCCCUCAGCAUGCUGGACUGCUACAAGAAGAACUUGUUCUAUGAAGAUCGUCAUCAGCUUCCCGCCCCAAAGUGGACAGAUCUGGCCAAUUUAAUAAGCAGGUGUAUGGACUACGAGCCCCUGUUGCGGCCCUCCUUCCAGGCUGUCAUACGAGACCUGAACUGCCUCUUCACCCCCGAUUAUGAGCUGCUGGCGGAGAGCGACAUGGUUCCGAAUCGAGCUGGUGGCUUUGGGUUUACUGGUGCGUUUGAGAGCCAACAGCCAGCACAGUUUGAGGAGAGGCACCUGAUUUUCUUGCAGCAGCUGGGCAAGGGAAACUUUGGCAGCGUGGAAAUGUGCAGAUACGACCCCUUGCAGGACAACACCGGGGAGGUGGUGGCCGUAAAGAAGCUGCAGAGCAGCACCGCGGAGCACAUGCGGGACUUCGAGCGCGAGAUCGAGAUCCUGAAGUCUCUUCAGCACGAGAAUAUCGUGAAGUAUAAGGGAGUGUGCUACAGUGCAGGUCGUCGAAAUCUGCGGCUGAUUAUGGAAUACUUGCCCUUUGGCAGCCUGCGGGAUUACCUGAUGAACAACAGGGAGAUGAUCGACCACAGGAAGCUCCUGCACUACGCCUCACAAAUCUGCAAGGGGAUGGAGUACCUUGGAACAAAGCGCUACAUCCACCGGGACCUGGCUACUCGCAACAUCUUGGUGGAGAGUGAGAUGCGGGUGAAGAUCGGCGACUUUGGUCUCACAAAAGUCUUGCCCCAAGACAAGGAGUAUUACAAGGUCAAGGAGCCAGGGGAGAGUCCCAUCUUCUGGUACGCCCCCGAGUCCCUGACGGAGAGCAGGUUCUCAGUGGCAUCCGACACCUGGAGUUUCGGCGUAGUGCUGUAUGAGCUCUUCACCCACAGCGACAAGAACUGUAGCCCACCCAGCGUGUUUAUGGGGAUGAUGGGGACUGACAAACAGGGCCAGAUGAUCGUGUACCACCUUAUCGAGCUCCUCAGAUCAGGCUCCCGUUUGCCCCGGCCGAUUGGCUGCCCUCCAGAGAUAUACGACAUCAUGGAGGAAUGCUGGAACAAUGAGCCCUACCUCCGCCCCUUCUUCAAGCAGCUCUCCCUCCGUCUGGAUCUCAUACGGGACAGCAGUGGGGGUUGAGCAUGCACCCGAGCAGCGCCUGGGCAGAAUGCGAGCAGCUCGAGUCUCCCUUUCCCCCCCAGGAUAAGUGUCAGCACUGAGCCGCACUUACUAAUGUGGGGGGCACACCUACAUGCAGGUACGAGGCUGGAGGUCAUGGGGGGGUCAGGAGGGAGUCCCCUGAAAGUGUCCUGGGAUGCGGGGAACGGAAUAGUGUGCCAUUCAAGAAGAGGUAGGGAUGGGCAUGACCUUCUGCCACAACCCAGCGAGGAUGAAAUGGGACGGUAUUGGUUUUGUUUUCUUUUAAAUAUUUUGUUCUUCUGUGGCUAGGAAUAAAAUGUAUGUAUAAUUUUUUUGUAUACUGCAAAUUGAUGAUUGUUUCUACAACCAACAGUGAAUGUAAAUUAAGAACGUUCUCUUAAUAUAUGAAAUUUCUUGUAAACAAAUCCAUAUGUAUGUAUAAAAUCCUAUUUUGUUUAUUGUUUUAUUGUCAGAUUAAAGCAAAUUAAUUUUU